UCUAAACACUCCAACCAAACCGUAUGAUCUCUCUCUCUCCAUCAUCAUCAUCUCAAAAUCAAAACCAAUCUUUUUCAAAUCUUCCCCAUCAUAUUGUAAGCUGCAUAGGAUCGAAUCUUUUUCGGUUAUAAAUUAUUCAUUUUCCAUUCAAUCUUUCCUAAUUGUAUCAAUCAAAAAUUCAAUGCUUUCACCCUAAUUUCACACUAUAAAUAGCAAACGAAUUUUACAAAGAAGGAGGAGGAUGGCAGGCAAAAAAAUUGGCACAAAAAGAACUCGGUCCAGACGUGAAAAAUCGUGAAAAAAGGGGAGACGGGAGAUCGAAUUCUUGAACAAUUGAAGCCAUUCUAAGGAUUCAGAAGGAAUUUUCGACACUCUCUGAAGCAGAUACAAGCAUCACAGGCGUCUAAGCAAGAAAAUGGAUCUCGAACAAUCUGUCAAGAAUCUCCAAGCUUAAAACACUGAGUUCCAAGCCUUGAUUCUGAAUUUGUCCAAGGGGCAAGAAGAGCUGAAAACCAUGCUGACUAAAAAGAAGAAGAAGAAGGGUAAGAAGACUCAGGUGAAAAAGCUUAGACCGAUCUUGCAACUCAGGGAUGCCGAAGCCUCUGAAGACAGUGACGCGGACGAGCAAGAUGAUGAUGCUAGUGUCAAGACUGAUGUAAAAAGUAACCAUGAUUCUGCCAAGCCCUCUGAAGAAGAAGAGGACCAUUACCAUGAGGAUGAACAUCCAGACGACAAAUACAAGCUGCUUGAAGAACGUAUGAAAGCCGUGGAAAUUCAGAAGGUACCUGGGCUGGAUUUUGAAGAGCUUGGACUCGUUCCUGGGGUCGUUAUUCCUCCAAAAUUCAAAACUCCCGCCUUUGCUAAGUAUGAUGGAGUCUCCUGUCCUAAACUACACUUGAGGUCUUAUGUAAGGAAGAUUCAACCUCAUACUGCUGAUAAGAAGCUCUGGAUCCACUUUUUCCAAGAGAGCUUAUCUGGAACUCAGCUCGAAUGGUACUAUCAACUGGAAAGUACCAACAUCCGUACCUGGGAAGAUUUGGUUGUUGCUUUUUAUCAGCAAUACCAAUACAACGCUGACCUCGCGCCAACUCGCAUGCAACUACAAAGCAUGUCUAUGGGAUCCGAGGAAAGUUUCAAGGAGUAUGCUCAAAAAUUGAGAGAUCUAGCUGGAAGAGUCAAACCCUCCUUAGCUGACAGAGAAUUGGUCGAUAUGUUUAUGAGUACACUGACUGGUCCUUUCUAUAGUCAUUUGCUGGGAAGUUCAUCAUUUGGAUUCACUGAACUCAUACUGAUUGGGGAACGUGUCGAGAGUGGUAUUCGAAGUGGUAAGAUUCAAGUGGCUACAUCCUCAAGUACUACAAAGAAGCAUUUCAAUGGGAGGUCAGAUUCCAAUGCUGUGUAUGGGCAGAAAAGGAGAAAUCAUGACCAAUCUAUUGGGGCAGUUCUGAGCUCCACACUGGCGCCUCAACAAGGUCGUCAAAACAAACAAGAUACACCCAGACGUCAAUUCACAAAGAUCAAUAUGUCGCUAGCUCAAGCCUUACAACAUCUGCUAAAGGCAAAUUUGAUCACUCUGAGGGAUUCUCCUAAGAAUCCUAACACCUCUGCUCCUAGUUACAAGCCCAAUGCAAGGUGCGCAUAUCAUUCUAACAGUCUUGGACAUGACACAGAGAAUUGUUGGCCGUUGAAGAAUAAGAUCCAAGAUAUGAUCGACGCUGGUGAAAUUGAGUUCGACCCUCCUGCAACUCCUAAUGUGAUCACUGCUCCCAUGCCUAAUCACAACAAGAUUGCUAAUGAUGUGGAUGGCUAGAAAGAUAGACUUUUAGAUCAUUAGAUUUACUUUCAUUUGCAAUUUCUUUCCUGUUUGUUUAAACAUUUGACUUAUGAUAGACGUUAUUUGCUUUAAUAAUCAUCAUCAGUGCAUUGCACGUGUUUUG